AUGGGCGGCCCGCAGGCCUGGGCACUGCUCUGCCUUGGGCUCCUGCUCCCGGUAGGAAGCGCCGCGUGGAGCGUCGGAGGAGCCCAGUUCUCCAGCCGCAGGAACUGGUGCUCAUACGUGGUGACCCGCACCAUCUCGUGCCACGUGCAGAAUGGCACCUACCUUCAGCGAGUGCUGCAGAAUUGCCCCUGGCCCAUGAGCUGCCCCGGGAACAGCUACAGAACCGUGGUGAGACCCACAUACAAAGUGAUGUACAAGACAGUGACCGCCCGAGAGUGGAGGUGCUGCCCCGGGCACUCGGGGGCUAGCUGCGAGGAAGUUGCAGGCUCCUCUGGCGUCGUGGAGCCUGGCUGGUCGGGCAGUGCCAUGCGGCGGAUGGCGCUUCGGCCCACAGCCUUCUCAGGUUGUCUCAAUUGCAGCAAAGUGUCGGAGCUGACGGAGCGCCUGAAGGUGCUGGAGGCCAAGAUGGCGGUGUUGACGGUCACCGAGCGGGCAGUGCCCCCGACCCCAGCGGUCCCCGAGGACCUCGCCCCACUCUGGGGCUCCCCAGCUGCCCAGGGCAGCCCUGGGGAUGGAGGCCUCCAAGGGCUACCGGGAUCCAGAGAAAAUAUGAGGGCCCCCCUGCUCCCUCGAGAUGAUCGAGUUGGUACCCGGGGGCCUCCUGGGCCCAUUGGCCCCAAGGGAGAUACUGGUAGCCAGGGCCCAACAGGGAUGAGAGGCCCACCAGGUCCACAGGGCCCCCCAGGGAAUCCUGGCCAGGAUGGAGCUGUGGGUAACCCUGGAGAGAGGGGCCCUCCGGGCUCACCAGGGCCUCCUGGCCCCCCUGGACCCCCAGCCCCUGUUGGACCACCCCAUGCCCGGAUCUCCCAGCAUGGGGACCCAUUUCUGUUUAACACCUUCACUGAGACCAACAGCCAAUGGCCCCAGGGACCAGCUGGGCCCCCAGGUCCCCCAGGGCCCAUGGGUCCCCCUGGACCUCCUGGUCCCAUGGGCAUCCCUGGGAAUCCUGGACAUAUGGGACCCCCAGGCCCCACUGGACCCAAAGGAAUCUCCGGCAACCCAGGAGAGAAGGGCGAGAGAGGACUUCGUGGGGAGCCCGGCCCCCAAGGCUCCAUGGGGCAGCGGGGAGAACCUGGCCCCAAAGGAGACCGUGGUGAGAAGAGCCACUGGGCUCCUAGCUUACAGAGUUUCCUGCAGCAGCAGGCUCAGCUGGAGCUCCUGGCCAGACGGGUCACCCUGCUGGAAGCCAUCAUCUGGCCAGAACCAGAGGGGUCAGGGGCAGGCCCUGCCGGCACGGGCACCCCCAGCCUCCUGCGGGGCAAGAGGGGAGGACACGCAACCAACUACCGGAUCGUGGCCCCCAGGAGCCGCAACGAGAGAGGCUGAGGGCGGUGGCGGCCCCUCGGGGUGGGCAAGGCCAGGCUUCGCCUCCCAGCCUGGACUCAGCCAGCUGCCUCCAGGGACCGCCCAUCCAUAUUUAUUAAUGUCCUCAGGGUCCCUUCUGCUACCUAGACCUUAAGGGUAGGCAGGUCUAGGCCCUGGCACCCAGUGCCUGUCUGCCUCCUAUGAGGCUGAGCAGGGGCUAAGGCCUGAGACGGAGAGGUGGCCCUGGCAGGAGGUGAGGCCUUGCCUGGGGCUGUAGGCCUGUUUCCCUUUAUGAAAUGGAGUGAGGCCUGCAGAGAGGAAUUGGCAGGUUCAAGGUUUCUGUCUUCCCAUCAGCUGCCCAGGCAUCCAGGCCCAGAGGCACUAAGGGAGCUGCUCAGCCCUCAGCACCUGCGGGGAUGACGAGGGAGGACAGUCUCACCUCCCUUCCUCCCCACCAAACCUCAGAGCCCACCCGUGCCCCUCAUCUCCUUGUUUUCUGGUGCUGGGUUCCCAACCCUGUGAUCUAGCUGCCUGAUCUUACAGGAUGUUGGGAGCCCCCAGUCCCCGCCAUGUCCCAGGUGGGGGGUGGGGGCAUGGAGAGGGAUGGGCCACCUGCUCCUACAAAGCUUGACAGACACCAGGAGGUAGGUGUCUCCUGGCCAAUAAAGGCCCCCAGCCUGAUUCCCCA